GGCGGAGGCUGAGGCGGCCGUCCUGCGGGCCUGGAGGAGGUGAGGCUGCGAGAAGGCUGCCUGCCCGUGCACGCGGUCCGCUCGCCUCGCGGGACGGAGCCGAGGCCGUAACGCAGUCCAGGCGUCCAAAAUGGUGAUGCCAAGACCCCGUCUCGCCCGCGCGGCAGUAGCGUUGGCCCUCUACCUCCAUCACCUCGUCAGCGCCAUUGAAGUUCCUCUGGACUCAAACAUUCAGAGUGAAUUGCCUCAGCCCCCCACAAUCACCAAGCAGUCUGUGAAGGACUACAUCGUCGACCCCAGGGAUAACAUCUUCAUCGAAUGUGAAGCUAAAGGGAAUCCUGUUCCCACCUUUUCAUGGACGCGGAAUGGGAAGUUCUUCAAUGUGGCAAAGGACCCGAAAGUGUCGAUGCGGCGGCGGUCAGGAACGCUGGUCAUCGACUUCCACAGUGGUGGCCGGCCAGAGGACUAUGAGGGCGAAUACCAGUGCUUCGCACGGAACGAUUAUGGGACGGCGCUCUCCAGCAAAAUCCACCUCCAGGUUUCUAAGUCUCCCUUGUGGCCCAAGGAAAAGGUGGAUGUGAUAGAGGUUGAUGAAGGCGCUCCACUUAGCCUGCAAUGCAACCCACCUCCUGGCCUGCCUUCUCCAGUCAUCUUCUGGAUGAGCAGCUCCAUGGAGCCAAUCCACCAAGACAAGCGUGUCUCCCAAGGCCAGAAUGGGGACUUGUACUUCUCCAACGUCUUGCUGCAAGAUGCCCAGACAGACUACAGCUGUAAUGCACGCUUCCACUUCACCCACACCAUUCAGCAGAAAAACCCGUACACCCUCAAGGUGAAAACCAAGAAACCCCAUAAUGAAACGUCUUUUCGAAAUCACACUGACAUGUACAGUGCCCGAGGGAUUACGGAAACAACUCCCAGCUUCAUGUAUCCAUACGGGACGUCAAGCAGCCAGAUGGUGCUCCGCGGGGUGGACCUGCUGCUGGAGUGCAUUGCUUCAGGAGUACCAGCGCCAGACAUCAUGUGGUACAAGAAAGGAGGAGAGCUCCCAGCAGGUAAAACCAAGCUGGAAAACUUUAACAAGGCCCUUCGUAUCUCCAACGUCUCAGAGGAGGACUCCGGGGAGUAUUUCUGUUUGGCAUCUAACAAGAUGGGCAGCAUCCGCCACACGAUCUCAGUGAGAGUGAAGGCUGCUCCGUAUUGGUUGGAUGAACCCCAAAACCUAAUUUUGGCCCCUGGAGAGGAUGGCAGACUGGUUUGUCGAGCCAAUGGAAACCCUAAGCCCACAAUACAGUGGCUGGUGAACGGAGAGCCUAUAGAAGCUUCUCCCCCCAACCCGAGCCGUGAAGUGGCUGGAGACACCAUUGUAUUUCGAGAUACCCAGAUUGGCAGCAGUGCCGUGUACCAAUGCAACGCUUCCAACGAGCAUGGAUACCUUCUCGCCAAUGCCUUUGUCAGCGUCCUAGAUGUGCCUCCACGGAUACUAGCGCCUCGCAAUCAGCUGAUCAAAGUCAUUCAAUACAACAGGACUCGUCUCGACUGCCCCUUCUUUGGCUCCCCAAUCCCCACGCUCAGAUGGUUUAAGAAUGGCCAGGGAAACACUCUGGAUGGAGGAAACUACAAGGCACAUGAAAACGGGAGCUUGGAAAUGAACAUGGCUCGGAAAGAGGACCAGGGCAUCUACACUUGUGUCGCUACCAACAUCCUGGGUAAAGCAGAGGCCCAGGUUCGCUUGGAGGUCAAAGAUCCGACUAGGAUUGUGAGAGGACCAGAAGAUCAAGUGGUGAAGAGGGGCUCCAUGCCUCGCCUGCACUGUCGUAUAAAGCAUGACCCAACGCUGAAACUCACAGUCACCUGGCUGAAAGAUGAUGCACCUCUGUAUAUUGGAAACAGGAUGAAGAAAGAAGAUGAUGGUCUGACAAUAUUUGGUGUGGCUGAAAAAGACCAAGGCGACUACACCUGUAUAGCUAGUACUGAAUUGGACAAGGAUUCUGCUAAAGCUUACCUAACCGUACUAGCAGUCCCUGCUAACCGUUUGAGAGACUUACCUAAAGAACGACCUGACCGGCCCCGUGACUUGGAGCUGACGGACCUGGCUGAAAGGAGUGUGCGGUUGACAUGGAUACCUGGCGAUGACAAUAACAGCCCAAUCACAGACUACAUUGUUCAGUUCGAGGAGGACCGGUUCCAACCUGGCACGUGGCAUAACCACUCCAGCUAUCCUGGGAGCGUGAACUCAGCUGUCCUGAGCCUCUCUCCUUACGUCAACUACCAGUUCCGGGUGAUUGCCGUGAACGAUGUGGGCAGCAGCCUGCCCAGUAUGCCCUCGGAACGAUACCAGACCAACGGGGCGCGCCCUGAAAUUAACCCAACAGGAGUUCAAGGAGCAGGGACCCAAAGAAACAACAUGGAGAUAACCUGGACGCCUCUGAACGCAACUCAAGCUUAUGGGCCCAACCUCAGGUACAUCGUGAGAUGGAGGCGAAGGGACCCCCGAGGGAGCUGGUACAAUGAGACAGUGAAGACACCAAGGCAUGUUGUCUGGAAUACACCCAUCUACGUACCCUACGAGAUCAAAGUGCAGGCGGAGAACGACUUUGGCAGAGCCCCAGAGCCUGACACUGUGAUCGGCUAUUCAGGGGAAGAUUAUCCCAAGGCUGCUCCUACGGAUGUUAGGAUAAGAGUUUUAAACAGCACUGCAAUUGCUCUCACGUGGACCCGAGUGCACCUGGACACCAUCCAGGGACAGCUUAAGGAAUACAGAGCCUAUUUCUGGAGAGAAAGUAGUUUGCUGAAGAACCUGUGGGUCUCCAAAAAACGGCAGUAUGUGAGUUUUCCUGGAGACCGAAACCGGGGCAUAGUGUCCCGGCUGUUUCCUUACAGCAACUACAAGCUUGAGAUGGUUGUAACCAACGGGAGAGGAGAUGGGCCUCGCAGUGAAGUGAAGGAGUUCCCCACCCCAGAAGGAGUGCCCAGCUCCCCCAGGUAUUUAAGAAUCCGACAGCCUAAUCUGGAAACCAUCAAUCUGGAAUGGGAUCAACCAGAGCAUCCUAACGGAGUCCUCACAGGAUACAACCUUAGAUAUCAAGCCUUUAAUGGAUCCAAAUCAGGCAGAAUCCUGGUGGAGAACUUAUCUCCCAACCAGACGAGGUUCACCCUGCAGAGGACAGACCCCAUCUCGCGCUACCGAUUCUUCCUGCGCGCAAGGACCCAGGUGGGCGAUGGAGAAGCCAUUGUGGAGGAGUCGCCAGCCUUGCUGAACGAAGCAACCCCCCUCCCCACUGCAACUUGGUUGCCUCCAACUACAGUCAGUCCAACCAGCCCUACAAAUGCCACAACUAUCGCCACAACUACCACCACCACCACUACAGUGGCCACCACCACCACUACAGUCGCCACCACUCUACCCACCACAACUGUCGCCACCACUACAACAACUACAGAGAGGGCUCCGGCAGCCACCACAAAGCAGGAGUUUGCCACCAAUGGAUCGUCCAUAUGGGACAUAAGAGCUUUGGCUAAUAGUAACUGGGCAAACAUCACCUGGAGCCACAAUUACUCUGCAGGAACUGACUUUGUGGUUAAGUAUAUCACCAGUAACAAGACAGAGAAAUCUAUCCCCGUUAAAGCUCAGACCCCUUCCUCUGUGCAACUGGCUAAUCUGACGCCCGGAAUGAUGUACAAGUUGUGGGUAUUUCCCAUAUGGUCUAGCCCCAGCGAACACUCUUACAUUACCUUUACGACAAGCUCAGCUUAUACUAAGAAUCAUGUGGACAUCGCAACCCAAGGCUGGUUCAUUGGGCUGAUGUGUGCCAUAGCUCUCCUGGUUCUUAUUCUGCUGAUAGUGUGCUUCAUUAAGAGAAGCAGAGGCGGAAAAUACCCAGUGCGAGAUAACAAAGAUGAGCAUCUCAAUCCUGAAGAUAAGAACGUAGAAGAUGGGUCGUUUGACUACAGGUCUCUUGAAAGCGACGAAGACAACAAACCUCUGCCAAACAGCCAGACCUCCUUGGACGGCACAAUAAAGCAGCAGGAGAGUGACGAUAGCUUGGUGGACUAUGGAGAGGGGGGCGAAGGGCAGUUUAACGAGGACGGCUCCUUUAUCGGCCAGUACACGGUGAAGAAGGACAAAGAGGAGACAGAAGGCAACGAGAGCUCAGAAGCCACUUCUCCAGUCAAUGCUAUCUACUCGUUGGCAUAGCGCAAUAUAUACAUGAAAAAAAAGAUGACCUAAGACACAUGUAGUGGAUGGGGGUUAAACAACAGCCGCCGCCACCACUGCCUCCAACAGAAAUGUGUGAAUGAAACGAACCAACAAUGACAAAAAAAAAAAAAGAAAAAAAAGAAAAAAAAAAUCCAAGCAAACAGGCAGACCAGGGGGCUGCCAAAGCCAUCUUAUCCUUAGCAAGCAAGCAAAUGGCAAGGACUCCCGAGGUGCUGAUGGGUCGUAGCUGUAGCUGAGAUCUGAGCUGAACCAAAGGGGCUAGAGGGAUGCGCAAGCGCUGUUCCCCCAGCUUCAGGGCCUGGCUGCCGCCACCCCCAGGUCUUCUCCACCAGCCCAUCCAGCUCGGCUGUGCAUGGUGGCUGCCAUCGUGGCUCCCCGAGGCUCUUUUUGUUCUUUUGGGAGGGAGUUAAAAGUUUUUCUUUUUAAUCUUUGCAGAAAGGUUCCAGAUAAGGGGAAAAAGAGUUUGGGAGAGGGAAGAGGGGUGAGCAGGGCCUUUCCAGAGUAGUAAGAGCAACAUAAAUGCAUAAAAGAAAAGGAGGUGGGUCAGUCUAUGGGUAACACCACUACAGAACUUUAUUACUGAGAUGUUCAUCUUUACAGCAGCGCCUCACUCAUAACCUUUCCCAAACAAGUCAGCACUACAACCUCCUUCCUGAAAUAUCAAGCAGUACCUGACCAGCCUGAAGGGAAGAGCAGGUUCCCCACCACUUUCCUUGGCACGGAUGGGACUGUGCUGUAACUCGUGUCAGGGCUGAACGUCCACGUUGGUUCAGGCACCACAGCACGUCCCCACCUGCAAAGCUCGCAGGGAGAUGACCCUGCCGUCUCCAUGCAACUCGAAAGAAUCCCUAGAGAAAAAUAAGUUGCAGAAGAGCUUCUGGGAUUUGCUUAAGGACAGCCAGGUGCAGCUCACCCUCUGAUUCCAAGUGAUGGCUCACUCACCAGGAUAACAGCAUUGCUCGCCUGGAUAAUUACAGGCAAAAACAUUUUUAGUCUUUGCUUUGUAAGAAUUUGGGGGAAAACCACCCCCAGACCACGCCUGCUUUCUUUUCAAGGCAACUCCAUACAUCUUAUGUAGCAAAGAGGGAGUGGAAGCAGGACCAGUAUUAACAUAGAAUGAAGGGACCAGUAAUUGCUAGUUUAAAACAAAACAAAACAAAACCAAACCACCAAAUCAGGAUGAGACAGCACCCACUUGGAGCAGGUGGGAGAACUCCUGAUAUCAACCUGCACUGCAACUCCUGAUCAGCAGCUUGAACAGUUCAGGGACGCGAGUCCCUCAGGAAAGCAUGAUGAAAACACAGCUGUAUGAGGCAGGAAUGCAGGGCCUGAUGUCCACAUCUUCCCCAAGCAAUGGGGUAUGAGUCAGAUUGACAGUGUCUUCAGCUAAAAUCUCCUCCUAACUUCCUACAGUGGCCUUUGCCUCCUUUGAUCGAUCAGCCUGAGAGACACUUCCAUGUGCUAACGGCUGCAAUGUGGAACUCGCACCCGUUGUGUUAUUUGCAUAUCAAGAACACGCAAGUUAAGUUAACCUGUUAAUACACUGUAACAAGGCGUCUCAAGAUAGGAGUGCUCCUUCACAUGCCUUACACAGCUUCAGACUCCCCAUGAAGUUUAAUAAACUGAUACUAUUUACCCACAGCUUACGUGCCCCUAAUGCGAUGGUCUACGCUCCGUCAGACCAAUAUGAGUAGGAUGCCUGGGCAGCUCUCCCAGCUGAGAAAGCAUGGAUCAUUGUAGAAGGUAGAGUUUUAUAAUAAACAGUACUUAGUGGACAACGCCAUGUGUAUUCUCCCACUUCCUGCACUUUUGAAACCAAAGGUACCUUUGCUGAGAGAGAUCGGAUUUCUUCAGACAGUUUCACGGAUGUAGAACUAUGUUAGGAUGGAUUUUUCUUUCAUUCCUUUUUUAAAGGAGAUGUUUUUGUUCAGCAUAAUGGAUUAAAUGCAAUAGGAUUAAUGCAAUUAUUCUUUUGGCUUUCAAGCUGGUUUGCUAUGAAGACAUAUUGCUAACAAGAAUACUUCUACUAAUAUGGAUUUUUUAGAUGUACUUUGCCACAUUCUCUAAGCUGCUAAUGGCACAACUCUCCUGCAUUUCCAGGAAGAGAAGCCAGACUAGGUCAACAGCUACGCAACACACUGUUGAACCACACAGAGAAAACAGAAGGGAGAGCUGGAUGCAAACCGAAUAGCAAAGGAGUUAGAUGUACCGUAUGAACAACUGGUGUUAACAGGUGGCAGAGGUCCUUCCUCUAGCGAGGUGUACUCCUGCUACCAUAGUCUAUACCACAGAGGAAGUCAUCUGCCACGGUCCUUUGUCCGUGUAGCCUUGACAGGGGUAGGAAUCGUAAGUGUUGCUCUGCUCUCAGUGUAAAUGCAUUAAUGCAACAGGCCUAAUUCUAAUGCAGUCUCUUGCCACUGAUCCAUUGCAAGGAGAGCUUCUCCCAACCUGUUCCCAGGAGAUGCAGCAAUUGUUUUCAAUUUUUAAGCAAACACAUUAGGCCAAAUCUAAAACAGCUCCCAGUCAAGGGGAUAACAGCUUCCCAUGCCUAUGGCUGUCCUUACAGCAAUGUUUGAGUUUGCGUAACUUCUUGCCCAGCCACCCGUGGAACUGAGGAGAGAUAGAAACCUACAGCCUUCGCUACCAAAAACAGCCUCUGCCACUGGAGCUGGUUAUCUUCAUUCACAGUCAGCACAGGAAAUUCUUACUGUUACGUGGACCUGCUGCUAAUAGGGAACACAAACCCCUUGGCUACCAUGCAACAUCUCCAAACCUCGAGAAAGUUGGUCAGACACUACUGGAAGCAAGGUGGUCUGCGUUGUGUAUCCGUAUUAUGUGCCAUUUGUAUUAAAGCCUAUAUUUAUGUCCUGUCAUUAACCAUCAUUUUAUGGAGUAAACCUCUUAGCAUCCAUUUGGAAACAGAACAAGAUAAGUGUUUCACACUGUACCAUUUCAGUCUACGCCCCGCGCACGAUAACACACUUCAGCAAGCAGGGAUGGAAGGAGCAGCACUCACACCAGCUAAGUCACGGCCUUCCUCCAAAAGGUCUUGCAAGAACAUUUAAACAGUCUGACCACUGUAUUACUUACUAAGUAACUAGCAAAGGAAGGUGGUGUCUACAGAGGGCCCAGUGGGGACAAAUGGCUUGGUGUAAGUUACUUGUAGUCUCGUAUUGGCUUGGUAUAAAAUUACUCAAAAUUUGUAAGAUUUGGUAAAAACGAUAACAUUUCUUUGAAACCGCCCCUAGAGUUUUGGGACCAAGAGAAAAUUCUCACUAAAUCUCUACAUUCAAAACUCAUACAGAGCUUAACAUUUUCUACUCCCUUUAAUAAAGAUUCAGUAGAUGUUU